CUUUAAAUAUACCAUUGGGCUUCAUAAUCCCAACAGACUGAGAACAAUGGGGAGGGAGACUGAUCUUUUUCCGUCACAUGGAUCAUCCACUUGAUUUGACCUUGGGUGAACCUUGAUGCUUGUUGAUGCGAUGAAAGCAGCGAGAUGGACAGGACUGGAGUACAAAGGAAACAUGAAUCAUGCAUUCCCAUGUCUGUUGUGCUGGCUUCAGUUUACACCCUGGGCUACUUUUAGAGGUGCCUUUUCCUGGGAAUUGCACUCAACGCAGAGAUAACUCAGUCUGGAGAAAACUGCCGACCUGUGCUUCAAAUGCAAGAAAAGCAGGAGCCAGAGCAAGGGGACUGAAAUUUUACCUUCUAACAGGACGAAGUGGAGGCAACGUUGGUAACCUUGGAAAAAAAGAUGUCCGGUGGGAUUUUCUCUCCUUUGGAAAACCUCUACGACCUGGAUAAUGCCCACUGCCACCCACUGGUGUGCUUCCUCUGUCACGAGCAGUACGAGCACCCCUGCCUCCUCGACUGUUACCACAACUUCUGUGCCAGCUGCCUGCGCGGCCGGGCUAUCGACAGCCGCCUCACCUGCCCUCUCUGCGGCCACCAGUCCAUAGUGAAAGGAAACAACGGGCUGCCGCCUGUGGACCGGCUCCUGAAGUUCCUGGUGGACAGCUCUGCAGAGUGCGAGGAGGAUGUUCAGUGUGCAAACUGCGACCAGGAGUGCAAGAAACAGGAGAUGGACACCAUGUAUUUCUGCAACACCUGCAACCAGCCGCUCUGCAGCAAGUGCCGCGAAGAGACCCACAAAGCCAAGAUGUUCUCUCGUCACGAGAUCGUCUCCUUGACGAAGCGCACCAAGGACAUCCACAAGAAAUGCUCUCUUCAUGAGGAACCUUACAUCAUGUUUUCAACCGAGAAAAAAUCCAUGCUCUGCAUUAACUGUUUCCGGGACAUGCAGGUAGAAAGCCGAGCCCACUGCAUUGACAUCGAGACGGCCUACAUGCAAGGCUGCGAGAAGCUCGACCAGGCUGUCGUGGCCGUGAAAGAGCUGCAGACGUCCACGCGAGAGGCCAUCGUCCUGCUCAAAGCCAUGAUCGAGGAGGUGCGCAACAGCGCGGACGAAGAGAAGACCUCCAUCAACUCGCUCUUCAGUAGCAUGCAGGAGAAACUAGCAGAAAGGAAAAAGAUGCUUCUGAAAGCUGUUCAGAGUCAGUAUGAAGAGAAGGAAAAGGCGUUUAAGGAGCAACUGUCUCACCUGGCAUCCCUGCUGCCCACCCUGCAGGUCCAUCUGGUCACCUGCUCGGCCUUUCUGAGCUCUGCCAACAAGGCCGAAUUCCUGGAUCUGGGCUACCAACUGAUGGAGAGGCUCCAGAAAAUAGUCAAGCUCCCGCAUCGCUUGCGGCCCACGCAGACCAGCAAGAUAAACACCGAGUUCCGGGCUGAGUUUGCCCUUUGCUUGGAGCCGCUGUUGCUGCUGAAUCCGCGCCGGUCUGUGGUGGGGAGUGGAGGGGGCAUCGGACCUGGGAUCAGCAAUGGAAACAUGCUCUCAGGUGGCCAGUGCUCCAAGACUCUGAUCGUGUCAAGCUGCUCCCCUGCCUGCGAUAAGAUGCCCAUCACGGGCUCCAUCGUUCGGAAGCCCACCAUGCACCGUUACAUCAGCACCAAGGUCCUGCUGGCGGAAGGGGGGGAGACGCCUUUCACGGAGCACUGCCGCAACUACGAGAACAUGUAUCGGACCCUGCAAACGGAGAUCCAGAACCUGAAGGACCAGGUACAGGAGCUGCACCGUGACCUGACCAAGCAUCACUCCCUCAUCAAGACCGAGAUCAUGAGCGAGAUCCUGCAGAAAUCCCUGCAGAUGGAUGUGCAGAUUGCCUCGCAGUACUCGUCGGUGGAAAUGAUGCGGAGCAUGUUUGAGGAGAUUUGGGAGGAAACCUGUCAGAGGGUGGCCAAUGAGCAGGAAAUCUAUGAAGCGCAGUUACAUGACCUGUUGCAGCUGAAACAGGAGAACAGCUACCUGACCACCAUCACCAAACAGAUUGCCCCCUACGUCCGCUCCAUCGCUAAGGUGAAGGAACGGCUGGAGCCCAGACUACAAGAUCCCAAGGAACUGAAGGAUGACCAGCCAGAGAAUCUGCUCAAAAUGUACGAUGACAGCACAGCGACCAGCGACACAACGCACAGGAACGACUUGACAAGAAGCUUGGAAGACAACAGGGAGAAAGCGCUGGAUCCCAAAGUGGACAGCCGAACGCUGAACAUUCAGUAGGGGAUCCUCGGUGGCAAAGACACUUACAGAACCAAACAGAAAAGUGGGACAGAGUCCCAGCCAGAAAGAUUUUGCAACUUAGACAAGCAGAGUAUCAAGAAAUUGCACCACUUUGCAUUUCAUAUAUGCAAGCAAAAGACUAUGUAGGAGUUUCUCAAGUACAUUUAUGGUUAAGAUCUAUCCAUUGAAAUAAAGACUUGACAAGAUGGGGAGAACCAGCAUUUCCAAUCUUACUUUGAUGAAAUUGAGUUUUGAGGCUUCAUCAACUCAGUGAAUCUAAAUACUGUUCUCAUUAUAUUACCAGAUGGUUUUUAAAUUAGUUAGGGUCUGAUUUCCCAGGCCAAUCUCUUUGGCUAUUUGUAUACAAGAAACCCCCGACACACGACCUCCUGAGAAGUAAAUGAGGGUUCAAGUUACGACGCCCCUGACUUGCGACACUUCCCCAGGAAGCAAUGGCGUUGCAUGUUGGGGGCUGUCUGUAUUUUCAACAAUGUUACAGAAAAAUACAGUGUAUCAGAAAACAAAAAAAUCUCUUGUGCAGCAGAGAAGUUCAGGAACUCUUUGGUAGGCCCCCAUUGGAAUUGGUCUCCCUUCUCCUUCAUAUAGAAACUUUGAAAAGAUAUAGGUGUGAAAUAUCAGUAAUUCUUUAUUUCAGCUGCUGAAAGCAGAGUAUUAAUAAGCUUAAUUUUGACAUUAUGGCACUAUCGUUUAUUUUAAAUGCAUGGAAACUGCCAGCUCUAUGUAAGUUUUAUUCCCUCUACCUUCUCCCCACCCUGAUGAAUACAGCUUAUUUCAAAGUGUAGCUUAGUAAGUAAUGUAUCCUUUUUACAAAGUGGAAUGUAAUUCUUUAUUUCCUCAAAGAGAGUCACCUUGCAUAGCCUUGAGGCUGGGUUUUGGGGAGGUUUGUGGGGGGUUUGGGGUGAUGAUGUAGUGUUAUGUUGGAGAGUUGUUUUUUAGCACUUCUGCACUGUCGUGUAAUGAGACCUGUAGGACAACAAUAUUUCCUUUAAGUUUUUAUGCUGUAGAUGGUUCAGAAGUCUUGUUUUCCAUACAAGAUGUACACAGGUGUGUAUAUUACAAAUCUGAAAAAAUAAAAUAAAAUGUCAGUUCUUGAUA